AUGUGCUUCCAAUGGAAUAUCGCUCUUUUGUACAUUUUCUUUUUCAGCUAUUUCAUCGAACAGGGACACAAUAUCUGCCUUGCUCAGUCAUUUGCCAAGAACAUGGGAUUGUACGGACAACGAGUUGGAGCAUUUUCUGUGAUAUGUGAAAGCCCAGAAGAAGCAGCUCGCGUCGCUUCACAGCUGAAGAUCCUCAUCCGCCCUCUCUACUCGAAUCCACCAAUCCAUGGCGCUCGAAUUGUCACGAAAAUUCUCAACAAUGCAGCUCUGCGUAUGGCUGACCGCAUUCUUUCUAUGCGAACUCAACUGCGGGAUCUGCUAGCCAAGGAGGGAUCUAAACGCAAUUGGCAGCACAUAACUGAUCAAAUUGGAAUGUUCUGCUACACUGGAAUCAAUCCUCAACAGGUAGAAAAGCUGAUCAAGGAGCACUCUGUCUACCUGACCAAGGACGGCCGGAUUUCCGUGGCUGGAAUCUCGUCCAAUAAUAUCGAAUACUUCGCGAAAGCCCUCCAUGAAGUCACUAAAUAG